AUGCUGAGGUUCGAGGAAGUGACUUGUAAGGUGCGUCAUUUUUGGACAGAUUUCGGAAGCAAGGAUUGCUUCCUGUUACUCGACAUUCUGCGGAUACUGGGAGAGCAACACGUCCAGUUUAUCAAAUACUUCCAGUCGGUUCAACCAAUCCUGGGGGUUUCGUUCCUGCUGUACUACUACUUUGCGCUGGCAACCUACGCCUCGGUGCUAUUUUUCAUCCUGAACGAACCUAUUUCGUUUGGAACCAUCUUUCAAGCGACCUCUGUGCUGGGAAGUGUUCUCGAGUGCUACCUGAUUUGUCUGUUAGUUGAUAAUUUUCAAGAAAUGAACGAAGAAAUCCAAGCAAUCGCGCGAGAUAUUUGUAUCCGGAUGCCGCACAGCCAGGAGUACCACUCGGAUUACGUCGGGAUGAGGACAACGAUGAUGAUCAUUCUGCUAAGUAACAACAGCUUGAUCAGCUGCGCCGGAGUGUUUGACAUUUCGGUGGAAACGUUUGCCGGAUUGAUCAAUGCAUCCUACUCGUACUUGACGUUUCUGUUGAGUUUUCUUUGA